UAUUUGCUUCAGUUUGCGAAUGACCUAAGCUGCAAUUCUACUUCCGGGUAUCUGUGAAACUGAAAGCUUGGUCUCUAUUUUCUAGCUGAUCAUGUCUAUCAGCGCUUUAGAACAGUAUAUCAUUACUGUUCGUACUCUUUCAGAGCAGGGAAAUUUUUCCCAGCUAUGCGACUUCAUCAGCAAAAGUGCAGAGACCCUUAGCAAGAAUGAAGGUCCACUGAACAAUGUAUUGGCAACACUGGAUAUUCAGCAAGACUCCCUGGGAGUUCUUGGUAUCCUGUGUGUAAAGUACAGUAUGCAAAACAUCCCAGACUUUGAGACUCUGUUUGUUCAGACACAGGAAUUUAUCUUGUCUUGCAAUGGAGAGCAUGUCAGAUAUGCCACAGAUAGCUAUGCAGAUUUAUGUCACAAAUUUACCCAGAACCUUGUGGAUAGGAAGCAGCCACAUCGAGGCAUCCCGAUCCUAGUGACAGCAAUUAACAAGAUCCAGUUGUUCCCUGCUCAGCUUACCUCAAUACAUGCAGAUCUGUGCCAGCUUUGUUUACUGUCGAAAAAUUUCAAGCCAGCAUUGCAGUUUAUGGAUGUUGAUAUAACAGAUAUAAGCAAAGAGGGAGGCCAUUUUGAUUCAAAAGAUUUCUUGUGCUUCUAUUAUUAUGGAGGAAUAAUCUACACAGCUCUCAAGAAAUACGAUAGAGCCUUAUAUUUCUUUGAAAUUGUGAUAACAUGUCCAAGUACGGCUGUGAGCCACAUUAUGCUGGAAGCCUACAAGAAGUACAUCCUAGUUGCUCUCAUCUUGCAUGGCAAGCUCCCCACCUUACCAAAGUACACUUCACCAGUUGUGGCGAGAUAUAUUAAGCCUGUUUGUCAACCAUACCAUGACCUGGUGUCAGCCUACUCAACAAUCAAUCCGGAGGAACUACAGAAGGUCAUAGAAAAACACCAGGAAACUUUCAACAGGGACACAACUAUGGGCUUGGUAAAACAGUGCUUGACCGCCAUGUACAAGAAAAACAUACAGAGAUUAACAAAGACGUUCUUGACCCUCUCACUGACUGACAUGGCGAACAGGGUAAAGCUGUCAGGACCCAAAGAAGCAGAAAAAUAUGUGCUGCACAUGAUUGAAGACGGGGAAAUUUAUGCGACAAUCAACCAGAAAGAUGGCAUGGUUCGUUUCCAUGACAACCCGGAAAAGUACAACAGUAGUAAGAUGCUUCUACAGCUUGAUCAGGAGCUUCAAAAAUGCAUUCAUCUGGACGCUAAACUGAAGGAAAUGGACAACGAAAUAGCUGUGAAUCCCCAGUAUGUUCAAAAGAGCUCGGGAAUGCAUGAUGAUGACAUCCCGGGGAGUUCGAAAAUGCAGAGUUACUAAGGAUAUCAUUGUGAUCAAAGACCCAUUCCAAACAUGGUGUUAUACAUGUACUUUAUAAAUGUGUUGUUUUGGGGACAUUUGAAAAUCUGUGAAUUUUGGCAUUGGAAAAAAGAAGGUGCACAUUUUAAAUAUUUGAACUACUCUGAAAUCUGUAAUCCAAAUAUAAAUUGAAAUGUGCGAAGGUGACUAUGAACUGUGCUAUCAUGUUAUUGCAGUUUAAUAGGUAUUUAAUGUUCAGUAACAUUGUUAUAUGCUUUGACAUGCUCAUUGAAAACGAAAAAAAAAUGAAGAAAACUAGUUUCUU